CGCCAUUCCAAGUUUUGGUCCGUUGCGUCAAUCCAGCUGUGGAUGUAACCUGGUGUCCUACUCUGGACUUGGGUCUUUGAAACAGAAUUCUCCGCCCGAAUGGUGAGCGUGAUAUGACCACCUCCUUGGUCCUGAAUCCUCGCUGGGCGGACACGGUUAUGUUUGUGUAUGAAAACAACUUGGAUGAGCUGAACAAGAACAUGGAGGGUCUGGUUGGUAGCGGCAAUUUCGCGGCCAACCAGUGCAGGAAUCUGAUGGCCCACUCCGCUCUGGGGGGUCACCCCUCUAGCCUGGUGCACAGCUCCGGCUACUCCGCGGUGGAUGUAUCGGGCUCAAGCUCCGGGGAAACAGGCAAACAGUGCACACCAUGCCCCGCGGUCCCUCAAGGCUCCUCCACAGGUCCCUUACCCUAUGGGUACUUUGGCAACGGCUAUUAUCCCUGCAGAAUGGGGCGGGGUUCGCUCAAGUCCUGCACCCAGCCCAGCGCGCUCAGCUACUCUGCGGAAAAAUACAUGGACACCCCGGUCACAUCUGAAGAAUACCCGAGCCGGGCUAAAGAAUUUGCGUUCUACCACGGGUACCCAAGCCCCUACCAGUCCAUGGCGAGCUACCUGGACGUGUCGGUGGUGCAGACUCUCGGGGCAGGAGAGCCCCGUCACGACACGCUGCUUCCAAUGGACAGCUAUCAGCCGUGGGCACUGACGAAUGGCUGGGGCGGCCAGAUGUACUGCUCAAAGGACCAGAGUCAAGCCGGACACCUUUGGAAAUCUGCGUUGGCAGAUGUAGUGGCCCACCAACACGAUGGCAACUCCUUUCGUCGCGGUAGAAAGAAAAGGAUUCCGUACACCAAGGUGCAGCUAAAGGAACUGGAGAAAGAGUAUGCCGCCAACAAAUUCAUCACGAAAGAUAAGAGGAGAAAGAUUUCAGCAGGAACCAACUUGUCGGAAAGGCAGAUUACGAUCUGGUUUCAAAACAGGAGAGUUAAAGAGAAGAAGUUCGUGGCCAAAGUCAAGACCAGUGCGCCGUAGUCAGUCAGGCUUGACCUAGACGAUUUGGACGAGGGACAUUGUUUUUGCUGUAUGAACAAAAAAUGAAGGAAAGAAAACGUCGACGUGGUACCUUUUUUUGGAUUGGGAUUUGGUGUGCUAUUUUGCUUGCGCAAUUGCAUCGCCAAUUCGUCUUUAGAAAAGAAGAAAUAAAACAAGAACCAAGCCCUCUAAAGACAAUGUUUUAGAGGCCUGUAAAUACAGCACUUGCCUGCUUUAAUGUAACACUUACGUCUGCUUAACUGUUUAACUCGUGCUAUACAUGAAGGUAUAUAUAGGCUAUUUGUUAGGUAUGUCAAUGUUGUUACUGCAGUAGAAUAGGAAACGUAUUAUGCAAUCAUAUUCCCAAUCUAUACUGUUUAUAACGCUUGUAAAACAGUACUUUAAAAAAAUAUAGCGUAAUGCUUAAUAAAUUGUUUUAAUCCCAGUAUGUUGUAUACAUUAAAUGUUACUCCGGUGAAUAUAUGUGUUAUAUAUGUGAUUAUGUUUGCAAACCCUGUUUAUAUAGGGAUAGUUAAAGAUAAAAUAGAAUAAUGAUUGGUAAAUGUACACAUUGAAAUAGGGAUGGUCUAAGACCAAGAAAUGGAGUUCAGAAAUUCCAGUGCAAUGUAAAGUUAUUUCAAACCGUUUAUAAUAUAUUUGAAAUAUGAGUUUUACGCAUUAAGUUGGUGAUUAAUUUGACAUAAUAUGCUCCAUCAUAAAAGCUGCAUCAAAAAUAUUACAAAUAUUACUUUUAAAGUAUCCAUAACCUUUACAAAUAACAUCAUGCUUUUCGUGCCAAAUAACAGUCUUUCUGGGGCUAAUGAUUUUGGUGGUGGGUAAAAGCUACUGUACCAAUUGUGCCAAAUAUAUCAUUUAUUAUA